AUGAAAGUAUUAGUAUCUAUUUUAAUAAGUGCAGCGCUUGUGACAUAUGCAGCACUUGACAUUCACAAAGGUGCUGAACCUUGGGCACCCAAGAUCUUGGAAAUGUGUAUGAAUCCUGCCAACACCAAUGCUACUGGUAAUCUUCGUGUUUUUUAUACUGGCCAAUUUUCUAUGUUAGACCGUCUAAUCUGUUUCUAUGUUAAUUUUAUUCAACCUACCUUACACGAUAUCAUGGGUACACCUCUCUUGCGAUUGAUGAUGGGAGCAUUUACAGCUGUUUAUUGUAUUAUGGCGUUCGAAGGAUCUCGACGAGGCUUUAAAUCAACUCUUUUAUCUGCUUUCCCUCUAUUUGCUUUUUUAGCUAACUUAAUUGGUAUCUUUGUUGUGUUUCCUCUUAUUUGGUUACCAUUGAGUCUUUAUUAUCGUAAAAAGUCAAAAGGGCAUCCUGAAAACUGGGCCAUCACAUUGCCUCAAGCUUAUGGUACUCUUCUGGCUGUGAUUGUUGGUUACACGAUUCCCAGUGCUAUCUUAACGAGUCCACUUAUUGAGCCUAAAUCUCGUCUUGAACAAGAUUUUAUUUCAAUCUGGUUUGUUUUACCGAUCCUUAUCGUUCCCAUCAUCAAUGUCUGUCAAUGGGUUUUCAAAAAGUUGGGAUCCCCCGUCGAGAGAAUUCGCGAUCCUGUCUUGAAGGAUCGUAUGUAUAUAGUUGAAGGCAAAGACGCUGUUGAACGAUCCUAUUUGUUUUUAGCAGUAACAAACAUGUUCUUGUAUUUUACCUCAUAUUGGUUUUUAGCUAAGGAUGGCAUCCGUGUCCUUGAAGCCAUUGUGAUGUUGUUGAAGGCACCUGGUAGUUUACCUGCCGAUUUGACAUUUAAUGAUUUAAGUCAAAUAUUAGCAACACGUACUGUAUUGAUUGAUUUGAUCGUUUUAAGUAUUGGAUUUGUAUUAUGGGCUACUUUCCAAGGUGGUUUAAAAGCAGGUCUCAUUGUGGCGGCUCUGUCAUUCAUCGUUGGCCCUACAGCUGCCGUUUGCUUCUUUGCCUAUUAUCGUGAAGAUACUGUACAGAAUAUGGUCUCGGAGGAUCCAAAUGCUAAAAAGGUAUUGCUUGAAGCUGUAGAUAAACUCGAAAAAAGAAAGUAA